AUGCUUGGAUUAAUGAAUUCACCAAAUGAAUAUCCAUAUGAUUUUUAUUCUGCGAACAAAAAAGAUUCGAAGAUAGAGUUUAGCAAGCAAAAAACCAUGAAGGUAGCCUAUUUAAAAGAUGGUCGAAAAUUACUCAAUGGAAAACUAUUAGACGAAAAAAAAGCUGAGGAAUUGUGGAAAGAUCUUAUUAUCCGCUCAAACGCUAAGAAAAUCAGCCUAUAUACAAAUGAUUUUAGCGAAGAAGAUCAACUUAUAGAGGAUUCCGUGGAACGUAAUGAAGGCUCUAAAGGUGAACGUAUAGAUGAAGAUGAAGAAACAGUGUAUUUUAGUGAAGAGAUCCAACUGAACUCUGAAUUAGACGGACAUAAAUUAAAUAUGAAAAAAAUUUGA